GCGUCCCGCCGCCGGGGCCCCGGGGCGCCAUGGAGGCGGCGGCCGAGGAGUCCACGCCGGUCGGCCGCGGCGCGGGCUCCGUGUCGGCGGAGGAGACCGAGAAGUGGAUGGAGGAGGCCAUGCAGAUGGCCAAAGAAGCCCUAGAAAAUAUUGAAGUUCCUGUUGGCUGCCUUAUGGUCUACAACAAUGAAGUUGUGGGGAAGGGAAGAAAUGAAGUUAAUCAGACCAAAAAUGCUACGCGCCACGCGGAGAUGGUGGCCAUCGACCAGGCCCUGGCCUGGUGUCGCGGGCGCGGCAGGUGUCCGGCCGAGGUCUUCGAGCGCGCCGUGCUGUACGUCACCGUGGAGCCGUGCGUCAUGUGCGCGGCCGCGCUCCGCCUCAUGAAAAUUCCACUGGUUGUAUAUGGCUGUCAGAAUGAACGAUUUGGUGGUUGUGGCUCUGUUCUAAACAUUGCCUCUGCUGACUUACCGAAUACUGGGAGACCGUUUCAGUGUGUUCCUGGGUAUCGGGCCGAGGAAGCAGUGGAGAUGUUAAAGACCUUCUACAAACAGGAAAAUCCAAAUGCACCAAAAUCAAAGGUUCGGAAAAAAGAAUGUCAGAAAUCCUGAACUUGUUCUAAUGAAAGACUAAUGCCUCUGGAUGAAAUUCUUGGACUGAAAGCUGUUGACAUCAUUGAAUCAUAUGUUUCUAUAUUGUCCUUAACCGGCGGGAAGAUGGUCUCUCAUCAUUUGCUCUGUUAAGGGAACAAAUUAGCACUUUUUAAAAAGUCUGACAAUUUUAAACAACUAUUAGCUUUUCCACAAGCUGAAAACAUUUUAAGAAGGGGAAAAAUUUGGGGCCGGCCCUGUGGCCAAGUGAUUAAAUUCACUUGCUUUGCUUCAGUGGCCCGGGGUUUCCCAGUUUGGAUCCUGGGCGUGGACAUGGCACCGCUCAUCAGGCCAUAUGAGGCGGUGUCCCACAUGUCACAGCCAGAGGCACUCACAACUAGAAUAUACAACUAUGUCCCAGGGGGCUUUGGGGACAAGAAGAAGAAGAAAAAAAGAAAAAGAAAAAAAAGAUUGGCAACAGAUGUUAGCUCAGGUGCCAAUCUUUAAGGAAAAGAUAAAAAGGGAAAAAAAUUAAAGAUUGAGGUUUUAGAAAUUAGGAAGCUGUGCAUGCACUUCCUGCCAAAACCACUAUGCCCAGUCCAGGAAAGUGCUGACUUUCAGAAGAGGUGCACUCAGACCCAGUUGCCCGGGAUGCGUCGGGACUGGAGUGUGGCACGCGACAGACACCUGCUCCAGGCCUGGCGUUUCAGAAUCGAAUUCUUCAUUCUUUGCAGCCACUGUGUUCUCCAGGGCGUUGGCGGCGUAUGACUUCCUUGGAAAUUGUAUAUGAAUUAUAUACAUACAGACCAUGAUUAUAUGGUUCUUAGAUCAGACUUUUUGCUUUUAUGAAGCAUUUAGAGAAAAUGCAUACUUUUAGAACAAGUGCGUGUCAUUUUUAAAUUACAGCAUAUUUUUAUAAUAAAAUUUAUACUUCCUUCUUUGAAGAUGGAUAGUCUUGAAAAUAAAAGAUAAAAGCAUAAAUGGGACAAUUCCUUCUGUGUUAGUGAGUAUACUGUGCCAGGCUCUGCUUGUUAUUGAAUCAGUGAAUGAAACAAAGAGUCCUGCCCUCGUGGAGCUUCUGUUCUAGCAGGGAGGCCACUAAUAACCAGAGUGGGUUACACAGGAUGUCAAAUGGUGAUAAGAAUUAUGGCAAAAUGAGAAAGAACAGGGCAAAGGGGGUAGGCGUGCCAUUUGGUGGUAGGAAUGCUGGUUGCAGAAUUAAAUAGAAUGGUUAAUUUAAUCUGAAAUCAAAUACGGUCAUUUCUUUUUAUAAGAAUCCAGAUUUAGAAUUUAAAAUCUAAAAUUUAAAAAUGUGAAUGCAGCCCCGGAGAGGUACCCACAGCAGAGAGUCGCAGACAUUCCCGCUUCCUGCCUGCGGAAGGGUUGGCUCUGAGGCGAGUGCAGCUUUGCGGACCCGCCAUGCACCACGUCUGCCCAGGAGGGGGCCUCGCCGUUCCACCAGAAGCCCAGCUCCAGGCCCGGCAGGGCAGCUCCUCCGUUGCAUUUCUGCAGUGGAUUCAUUUCCUUGAUGCAAAGCAUCUGUAGUUGUUGGUUCUGCGAUUUGAGCGAUGUCUCUGACUUGUUUGUUUUGAGUUACAUUACAGGCUGGAAUGCAAUUGUGGUGAAAGUAUUUUUAUAUUGCUGAGAGCAGCAGCUAAUCACAGUUACAUGCUUCAGAGGAUUUGUAAUUGCUGGGUUUUUGUACGUGUGUGUUUUUAACUGCAUUUGAGAAGUUUUAUGGAGAGGACUAUGUAAGAUUUUAAAUCUGUAAUAAUGUUACAUGUACCUUCUCUUCAAUUUCUUCUUUAAAAAUUAUCUUCUCCUUCAGUUUUAGUGCUUUGACUUGUUUGUUCCUUCUCGCAGUUGGUCCUAGUUCAUUUCUGGCUCCUUCUGCUUCUCUGCAGCAGACUUUGCUACACUUCUUGUCCUCAGAUGGUUCUCUCAGGGAUGAUUUGUAGACAGGAAACCUGGAAUCUUGAUCCUCUGGAGAGCACCACUCAGUAUGCCACAUAGGUUCUUGGUAAACAUUUGUUAAGUAAAAUUAUUGAUUGAAAUUUGGGGGAAAAUGAAUAAUAAGGAGAAUAUCUAAGAUAAAAAGGCAAAGCCAAAAAUUGUUUAUGUGUGUUUUAACCCAGCAACAGUCACUACUUAAAGGAUCAAGAAAGUAAUAAAACUAUAAACAGAGAAGGAUAGAAAAGACUUACUAAUAUGCAUAUGUUCUGUCUGUCCUAUGUUUUGGAGAAUGGGUAAUUCCAAAGCAUGGCUGAAAAUUUUAAUUUUGGUUACAUUUUUGAUUCCCUCUCCAGUGACUGACUUAUAGAAAGUCUCUCCUCCGUUUUUGGUCUUAGUUGUAGUUCCCUCCAUUGCUUUGGGGAAACAUCAGUGCAGACAGAGUGCUGCAGACUGGAGGUGAGCACCCCCAGUGCCGACACACAACCAUGUGGGGUCGUAGACAUUAAGGCUGUGGGAUUCUGACAGUGGUUUCAAAGUGGCGAGGAGGAGUGGUGGACAUGUGACGAAGUGGUCCUGCUUCCUGAGGACCGUAUUCUCCAGCUACUUAGACAAGGCUUAAAAUAUUAAGAUGCUUCCGCUCAAGAGAUUUAAUCCAGUUGAUUGAUACUGGUAUUGGCUAAGAGACCAGCUGAGAGACUUAUUUUGUAUAUGAGAUAGUUCUAUAAGUUGUGAGAUGCAAAAAGAUUUUAGAAUCACAGCCCUGUUUAGAGAAAUUAGUAGUUGUAUCUAAGAUGCUAGCGUAUCCAGUGUUUGCUGGUUUUUGCAGCGAACUCUGCUGGGAAUGGGUGGUAUGUAAUGUUUUGGCAGGCUUCAAUCACUGAUAAAAAAUCAUGUUAAAAUAUCUUUGCACUUUCUUGUUCCUUGGCACAAAUAUCUCUUCCUGUGUUGUAUUUGGAAUAUCAUAGAGAGAAAAUAGAUAGCCAAGAACUUCAAUGUAGGCAAGAACUGUUAGUUUUUCUUUAAACUCUCUAUUUGGAAAUAAUUCCAGACUUACAGAGAAGUUGCAAAAAUACCCAUAUAUCCCUUAUUCUUUGAACCUAUUAUUAACAUUUUAUGCCUUUAGCUUUAUCAUUUGCUCUCUCUUUAUUAUCCUUUCUCUCCUUCUCUCUCUCUCUGUCUCUCUGUCUCUCUCUCUCUCUCUCUAUAUGUAUUUAUAUAUGUACACACACACAUAUAUAAUUAUUUUCCGAACCAUUUGUUGGAAAACUACAUACAUCAUACAUCAUGGCUCUUUACCCUGAAAUGUUUUAGUAUUUCCCAGGCAUAGGAUAUUCUUUUAUAUAAUCGCAAUACAGUUAUCGACUUCAAUAACUGUAACGUUGACAUAAUACUUUUGUCUCAUGUGCCAUUUGUAUUCCCAUUUUGUCAGUUGACCCCAUAGUGUCAUUUAGAGAAUUUUCUUCCCUCUCCAGCAAUACUGGACCCAUUCUGGGGCCAGGUAUUGCAUUUAGUUGUUGGAUAUCUUCUUUUAAUCUAGAACAUUUCUACAGCCUUUAUUUGUCUUUUAUGACAUUGACAUUUUUAAAAAUAAUACAGUCCUCCUGCCCCUCCUGCCUUCCUUUUUCUUAUGCUGGUGUUUUCUUGUGGUUAAAUUCAGGUUGUGUAUUCUAGGUGAAGUUAUGUUCUUCUUAGAGUGUCACAUCUGGAAGUGUUCCAAAGGCCAUCUGUCCCUUACUAGUGAUGUUAAUUUUGGUCACCUGUUCAAGGUGUUACCUGAUUUCUGCAUUAUAUAAUUGUUAUAUUUUUCUCCAUUGCAACGAGUAAGAAGUCUGGGGAGAGGAACCGUUACAUUUUUAAGAGAAGAUGUAUUUGACAUUGAUGGAAAGGAGGGGAAGAAAACUAAUGACAUAAAUUUCAAAGCAACUCUUAAAUUAUUUGAUUGCAUUCUUCCCCUUUUAUUAUGUCUGCCAAAAUUUACAAAUUUCUUUCCCUAAUAAGAUGAUUUUAAAUAGGAAUAUCUUAAUAAAUAUUAAAAGAAAGCCUCGGAAAUAAGUUUUUUCAUGAUCUCUUCCUCAGCAAAACUAAUGAUUAUAUCAAUUUAAUUCUAUCUGAGAAGAUGGAGUUUUGGAAAAAUAGGUCUCAGAUGUUUCUGGCAUCACACAUGGCCUGUAGUGAUCCAGUAGGAUGUAUGACUCUCAGUAGUCAUUUGGCCAUAAAAUGUAAGUUCUUUUGGGUUUCCAUAGAGAUAUCUAGACUUAAAAUGUUUUAAGCACUGCUACUUUCAAAAUGUGUGUCAGUAAAAAUAGCAAAAGCCAAGGCUCUUUUUAAAAAAAAAAAUAUUAAAAAGGUUUUUAAAGUAGUGAGGUUCCUGGUUAAAAAUCCAUAUUGAUACAAAAUAGAGGAAGAUUGGCACAGAUGUUAGCUCAGCAACAAUCUUCCUCAAACAGAAAGAGGAAGAUUGGCAACAGAUGUUAGCUCAGGGCCAAUCUUCCUGACACAUACACACACACAAAUCCAUGUUGAAGCCAAAGCGUGUCCUUCCCCGUCUUUCUGCAUCGGCUGGCCUUGAAUGGCCCCCAGAGAAGAGGCACCAAGAACUGGUUUCCCUGCGUUUUGGCAAAGGAAUGAGACUGCAUUGACUUCAUCUCUGAAGACAACUGCCAGCUAUUUUCUUACUCCGUGAAUUGUUAAUGGUGCGUGGUGAGGAAAAGGGUGAUGGGGGACGUUAUUUUUAUGGGUCAGACUGGCAUAAGUUCUGGUGAAAGUUUGAUAUCUUUAGGAUCGUAUGUUUUUUCAAGUUGAGCUAAUAAAAACAGGCUCAUGGGAUUAUUUCUCACCUAAUUUUUGAGUGAAUAUGCAGCUCCUCACCAUGUAUCCAUGACUGUUAGGGAGACUUUGUGGUGUGGUUAAAGAAGCAUAAACUUGGGCGUCAGAGCAGGAGUCAGUCACGGGCCAAACCCAGCCUGCUGCCUGUUUCGGUAUCACUCACAAGUUAAAAAUGGUUUUCCAUUUUUAAAUGGUUGAAAAAAAUCAAAAGGAAAAUUUAGUGACCCACGGGUGUGAUAUGAAAUUCAAAGUUCGGCAUCUGUACGGUAUUUGGUUGGCACACGGCUGUGCCCAUGUGUCCGUGUUGCCCACGGCUGCUGGUGCCGCAGUGGCAGAGCUGAGUUGUGGCUGGGCCCUGUCGCCUGCAAAGCCUCAGGUAUUUAGUGUCUGGCCUUUAAGAGGACGUGUGCUGCCCCCGGUCUAGAGAGUAUAAGGUGUUGCGCUUGGGUCUCCAGGCUGCUUGUUCUUCCAGCUCUGUGACUUUGAAUCUGAAUAUUGUGGCUCAUUGUGCAGUUGUGGCGAAUUGCUUCAGUACCACGAUUUUUUUUUUUUAAGUCAGUUCAUAAAUAUGAAGGAGAGAUCCAAGACAAUGAGAUAAUUAUUCUGGCUUAGAAUAUUUUGUUUCCUUAUGUACAUUUUGAGAGAGUGGCAAGGAGAAAAAAUAACAUCAUUUUAUUUGAGUGUAGAAUAAACAAUACAUUUUAUUUGUGAUCAUCAUAUUAAAAAUGUUAUAAAUACUUAUCGUCUUUAAGAAUAGUUACUAUAAUGUCAAAAAUCGAUUGGACUCUUUGAAAAACCAGGACUUCAACAGAAAGCGUCUCCCUCCCAUCCCCUCACUGCCUUCCCCAGUUUUCUCUGCAUCAGGUUUGCUAACCCUUUGGUGCUAUAAUCACAUACACUGUGUUUGAAGAAAAGACAAAAAAUAAACAUUUAUUAGGUA